AUGCAUCACUGCGACUGCGAUUGGCAGGAGCUUCAUGACGACAUCAAGGACCAUUACAACCUCGAGACGCUCGUACCACGUAAGCUAUAUUCAGCCGAAGAUAAGCUAGCAGUCAAAAUAUUAGAAACCACCUGCCAAGAGAAGUCAGGAAAAUAUGAAGUCGGUUUUCCGUGGCGUGGUGGCAUCGACAAACUGCCAGAGAGCCGCGGUAACGCUCUGAAACGCCUUACCUGCAUAAAGAAAAAGGUAUCUCAGGAACCUGAUAUGUACGACAAGAUUGACGCCCAAGUCAGGAACCUUCUAGACAAAGGAUACGCGGUUAAGCUAUCCAAGGAGGAAACCUGCCGUGAGAACAGCCGUACGUGGUAUCUGCCGAUAUUCAUAGCGCGAAAUCCAAAUAAGCCGAGUAAGCUAAGACUGGUAUGGGAUGCAGCCGCGAAGUCACACGGAUGUGCACUGAAUGACUACUUACUUAAGGGACCAGAUUGCCUGAACCCACUCAUAGAGGUCUUACUAGCCUUUCGUGUCAACAAGAUUGCGAUUUGCGGAGACAUUGCGGAAAUGUUUCACAGGAUCAACAUCCGUGAGGAGGAUAUGCACGCGCAACGAUUCUUGUGGUAUGACAGAAGCAGCGAUAAAGUAGAAACCUAUGUUAUGCGGGCUAUGACUUUUGGGAUCAGUUGCGCACCAUUCAUCGCUCACUUCGUUCGAGAUAAAAAUGCAGAAGCCCAUCAAGAAGAUUUCCCAUUGGCCUUAAACGCCAUCCAAAAGGCGCACUACGUUGACGACUACAUCGAUAGCAUGAGGAACGAACAGGAGGCCAUCCAGACCACCAGACAAGUCAUAGAGGUUCAUCGAAGAGGCGGAUUCGAGAUCCGAAACUGGUCUUCUAAUUCAAAAGAAGUCCUUAAGAGCUUGCAAAGUAAUGGCAAUGUUGGUAGCCAAGAACCUGUGGAUUUUUGUUCGACUGAAAAGAUACUUGGUAUGUCCUGGGACCCACAUAAGGAUGUGUUUAAGUUUCUCUGCAGAUUUGCAAGGCUGAAACGCGACGUCCUGGCAGAAAACAUAGUCCCGACCAAGCGAGAAGUUCUGCAAGUCCUUAUGUCGAUCUUCGAUCCAUUAGGAUUCUUGUCGUGCCACACGAUUGGGCUGAAAAUACUUCUCCAGCGUAUAUGGCGGCUAAAUAUCGACUGGGAUCAGGAGCUGCCCGAGAAGAUUCUGGAAGACUGGCGCCUUUGGAAAACUCUUUUAGGGCAAAUCAGGAUUUUCGAGGUGCCGAGAUGCUUCUCCCCAGACACAUCAGAUCCCCGCCAAACGGAGCUCCAUACAUUCGUCGACGCCAGCGAGUAUGCGUAUUCUGCUGUCUGCUACUUGCGUGUAGCAAUGGAUGCCAAAGUCGACGUCUCUUUGGUGAUAGCGAAGUCGAAGGUGGCACCUUUAAAACCACUCUCGAUUCCGCGUAUGGAGCUGCAGGCAGCUGUUAUGGGAGCACGCUUAGCCCACAAGGUGAUGAGCACGCGCAACCUGCGGAUCGACAACGCCACAUACUGGUCAGAUUCAAAGACAGUACUGCAGUGGCUGACUAUGGACCCCCGUAACUUUCAUCAGUUCGUGAUGCACAGAGUCGCCGAAAUCCUGGAAACAACGCAAGUCGAGCAAUGGCGGUGGGUACCCUCGAAGCUGAACGUAGCAGACGGAGCUACAAAGAUCACCGACCAAACCCAGCAGAAGACGUGGAUAACGGGGCCAGGGUUCCUAAAAGCUGAAUCCAGCCAUUGGCCAACAUCGACAAAGCAGGAGAGCAUCAUCGAUACUUCAGAAAUACGGAAGCAUGUGAUGACAACGUGCGCGAGAUCAGUGGUUAUGUUCAAUGCGCACCAUUUCUCGAGCUGGCGGCGGAUGUAUAGAGCAGUGGCGAUAAUAUUCCUGUUCGUCGAUCGGUUACGAGCGAAAUGCGCCAAGCAAGACAUGCCAACAGCCACGACGAUGGACCAUGUGAGGAAAGCGAAAAUACUACUUUAUAAGCAAUCCCAAGCCAUCGCCUUCGCCGAAGAGUUGAAAGUGCUAUCCGUGGGAGCGACGCUGCACAAAGGAAACAGAUUGGUCGGAUUAAACGCAUAUGUAGACAACGAUGGAGUACUGCGGACUAGAGGCAGACUGAACUCAAUUGACAUAGCUGAAGACGCAAUUAUACUAGCUCCAGGAUGCCGGAUAACUAACCUAAUAGCGAGGAGUUUUCACGAGAAGUACCAUCAUCUUGCUCACGAGACUGCAAUAAACGACAUCAAGGCUUCGUUUUACAUCAGCCGCCUCCGAGUGUUGUAUAAAUCCGUGCGGAGUACAUGCCAACGAUGCAAGGUUGACAGUGCAGCUCCCAGACCACCCCAGAUGGCACCGAUUCCGAGAGCGAGAAUAGGAAGCUUCCAGAGACCGUUUACCUACACAGGCGUCGACUAUUUUGGCCCGUUAUUGGUGAACGUUGGCAGGCGCAAGGAGAAGAGAUGGGUAGCUCUGUUCACCUGCCUCACGUUGCGCGCGGUGCAUUUCGAGAUCGCCUAUAGUCUGGACACAAGUUCAUGCAUCAUGUGCCUCUCCAAUUUUAUGGCACUUCGAGGGACUCCGAAGGAAAUAUUCUCAGACAAUGGUACGAACUUCAGAGCCACGGAAAAAGCCGUGCGAGAAGAGCUGAAAAAGAUCGAGCACGAUAAGAUCACCAUUAAGUUCGAUGGCAUAAAGUGGCGAUUCAACCCACCAGGAGCACCACACAUGGGUGGAGCAUGGGAGAGACUUGUCCGUACAACAAAAGGAAUUUUGAAAAACAUUUGCCCAAGUUACUCCUUCAACGACGAGGGCCUGAGAAACGCCUUGAUGGAGGCGCAAUUUAUCAUCAACUCGCGACCGCUCACGUUCGUAAGUCUGAACACUGAGGAUGACGCCGCUCUGACCCCGAACCACCUAUUGUUGGGGUCAGCGAAUGGAUACAAGCCACUGCCAAAAGAAGGGAUGAAUCUGCAGCGUAGAUGGAUUGAGACUCAGCGCUUCGGGGACCGUUUUUGGCAGCGAUGGAUUAAAGAGUAUGCGCCCGUAUUAACCAGGCGCACCAAAUGGUUCGAGAAGGUACCUCCCAUAACCAUUGGGAGCAUCGUAGUCAUCGUAGAUGAGCUUCUACCCAGGAACUUGUGGCUAAAGGGACGAGUGAUCGACACAAUGAAGGCCAAGGAUGGACAAGUUCGACGAGUGACUAUAAAGACCCAGCACGGCGUUUUGGAGAGACCAGCAACGAAGAUAGCGGUUUUGGACGUCGGCUUGGAGGAUGGUAACUGA